GGGGGGGCUCAGAGCCCGGAAUCACUCAGCUGGAGCCCUGAGUGGCUGAGCUGAGGCCUUUGCAGCAUUCUUGGGUGGGAGCAGCUGUGGGGCAGCCACAAGGGCCACAGCCAUGAAUGGCACGGAAGGCCCUAACUUCUAUGUGCCCUUCUCCAACGCAACGGGAGUGGUGCGCAGCCCCUUCGAGUACCCGCAGUACUACCUGGCGGAGCCAUGGCAGUUCUCCAUGCUGGCCGCCUACAUGUUCCUGCUGAUUGUGCUGGGCUUCCCCAUCAACUUCCUCACGCUCUACGUCACCGUCCAGCACAAGAAGCUGCGCACGCCUCUCAACUACAUCCUGCUCAACCUAGCAGUGGCGGACCUCUUCAUGGUCUUCGGUGGCUUCACCACCACCCUCUACACCUCUCUGCAUGGAUACUUCGUCUUCGGGCCCACAGGGUGCAAUGCGGAGGGCUUCUUUGCCACCCUGGGCGGUGAAAUUGCCCUGUGGUCCUUGGUGGUCCUGGCCAUCGAGCGGUAUGUGGUGGUGUGUAAGCCCAUGAGCAACUUCCGCUUUGGGGAGAACCAUGCCAUCAUGGGCGUUGCCUUCACUUGGGUCAUGGCGCUGGCCUGCGCCGCACCGCCCCUCGCCGGCUGGUCCAGGUACAUCCCCGAGGGCCUGCAGUGCUCAUGCGGAAUCGACUACUACACGCUCAAGCCGGAGGUCAACAACGAGUCCUUUGUCAUCUACAUGUUCGUGGUCCACUUCACCAUCCCCAUGAUUAUCAUCUUCUUCUGCUAUGGGCAGCUUGUCUUCACCGUCAAGGAGGCCGCUGCCCAGCAGCAGGAGUCGGCCACCACACAGAAGGCAGAGAAGGAGGUCACCCGGAUGGUCAUCAUCAUGGUCAUCGCUUUCCUGAUCUGCUGGGUGCCCUAUGCCAGCGUGGCAUUCUACAUCUUCACACACCAGGGCUCCAACUUCGGUCCCAUCUUCAUGACCAUCCCAGCAUUCUUCGCCAAGAGCGCCGCCAUCUACAACCCUGUCAUCUAUAUCAUGAUGAACAAGCAGUUCCGGAACUGCAUGCUCACCACCAUCUGCUGUGGCAAGAACCCGCUGGGUGACGAUGAGGCUUCCGCCACCGUGUCCAAGACGGAGACCAGCCAGGUGGCGCCGGCUUAAGACCUGCCAAGGACUCUGUGGCUGACCGUAGGCAUCUCCCAUCCCCCACACCCUCCCCCAGCCACAGCCAUCCCACCUUAAUUUUUUUUUUUUUUUGAGAAAUAAUUCAUGAGAGAAAAAUGAGGCUUCUCACUCACCCGGGAUGGCCUGAGAAGGGACAUCCACGAAAACCUACUGAUCUGGAGUCUCAGGUUCCCCAAGGCCCGUGGGAUCUGUGCCCCUCCUCUUCCCAACUCAUCUUUCAGGAACAUAAAGGAAAUCUUGCUUUUUGGAAAAGUGUCCCAGUUUAGGGAUAAGUGUCUAGCACAGAAUGGAACACACAUAGGUGCUUAAUAAAUGCUGGAUGGAUGCAGGAAGGAAAGAAGGAAUGAAUGAAGGAAUGAAUGGGAAGGGAGAACGUAUCUGUCUUCUCAGACACUCUUAGCAGCAGCAGCUCACACUUGGCUCAUGAUUUGGAGCAGUUGUUCUCCCCUCCCUGGGCCUCACUUUCUUCCCCUAUGAAAUGGAAAUCACAGAUCUCUGGUCCUGCCGACUCACAGCUACUGAGAAGACCAAAUGAGGGGCGUGUGUGUAUGUGUGUGUGUGUGUGUGUAUGUGUGCGGGCUGCAUGUGCGUGUCCACGUGUGUGUUUAAGCACUUUGUAAAUAGCAAGAAGCCGUACAGAUUCUAGUUAGCGUUGUGAAUAACAUCAAUGAAUGUAACUUGUUAAUUAUUAUGAUCAUUACUUCCUGAUAGUGAACAUUCUGAGAUUGGGCAUCAGAGGAUGGGGUUUCACCCAGCCUCGGACAGGUUUUUAAAAAUUAGCUAAGCAUCAAGGCCAGACCAGGGCUGGAGGUUGAGCUGCAGGCAGGGACAGUCACAGGAAUGUAGAAUGUAGUCAUCAGACCUGAAACACAUUGGGGGAGAGGGGCAGUGAAGGCCAAGUUCCCAGUGAGGGUGAGAUUGGGCCUGGGGUCUCACCCCUAGUGUAGGGCCCCAGGCCCCAUGCCUCCCCUUCCCAAUGUGGCCUAUGGAGAGACAGGCCUUUCUAUCAGCCUCUGGAAGCUACCUGCUCUUUUGCCCCAGCACCUUGGUCCCAGCAUCGAGAGCAUGGAGCCUUUAGAAGCCAUGCUCACCCGCCCACAUUUAAUGAAGAGCUGAGUCCCUGACGUCAUCCUUAUCUUGAAGAGCUUAGAAACAGAGUGGGAAAUUCCACCGGACCCACCUUCCCUGGGGAUGUUCAUGAGCCCCAGUUUCCAGUUUCCCUUGCCAGACAAGCCCAUCUUCAGCAGUUGCUAGUCCAUUCUCCAUUCUGGAGAGUCUGCUCCAAAAAGCUGGCCACAUCUCUGAGGUGUCAGAAUUGACCUGCCUCAGUACCUGCUCCCCUUUCUCCAUAUAAGCAAAGCCAGAAGCUCUAGCUUUGCCCAGCUCUCCCUGGAGACGAAGGCAAAUUGGGCCAUUAAAGCUCAGCUCCUGUGUUGGUAUUAA